CAUCGAUGUACUGUACCGUCAUUUUCCAGCUCUUACCCGGCCAAAAGCGCUGGUUUCCCGCCCGAAGCAGGCAAGCUGUGUAUUGCCUGAUACCAGCGCCACAAUUGCGGCUAAACCCCAACACCGCCAGCUUCAAAAUUUCCCGAAAGAGGUUUUUUGUCUCCCGCGGCUGAGACUUCCACGACGGACAGACUAUUGUCUAUAUACAAGAGGUCUCUGGAUAUAAGUUAUAUACUAUUCGCCACGACCACCGCCCACCGCGCAGAUCUAUUUGGUUUCUUUGAUCCCUCCUGGCUGAAGGCUGCUCACGACACAGCUGCUGGGGAUGUUGUAUGAGCUGAUUGCGGUGGUCCGCCCGGGCAGCGUCCAGGAGGUUAGAGAAAUCGCACGCGUAACGGGCCUCCAAAUCCUCUACUCCGGCGGCGUAAUCCGCGGCCUAACAAACUGGGGUCCCUUUCGCCUCCCCCGCCCCAUCACCAAACACCAGACAAAGUACUCCACAGGCCACCACUUCAUAAUGCGCUUCGACUCGUCGUCGGCCGUGCAGCAGUCCGUGCGCAGAACCCUCGGCCUCGAUCCCCGUAUGAUCCGCUUCUCCGUCGUGAAGCUGGGAGACAAGCUGGAGGAGAUUAAGGAUGUGAGUGGCAGGGUGGAGUGGAAUCAGACGAGGCAGUUGAUUGGGGAUGAUCUGGGGGUUCGAGUUCCGUUUUCAAGUUUGCGGAGGUGAAUUUGGUGGCAGGGAUAAGAUGGGUUGGGGUGGACAGGGCUUUCACUUUUUUUUUUGUGUGCGUGUGUUAAUAUAUGGGAUGGGGGCGUUCUUAUUUUUGUUUUUAUUUCGAUCUACUGCCUUUGCCUCAUUUCGGCGGCCGUUUUUGCCCGUAUUCUGUUUUCCUAUCUGGGACCAUGUUUUGAGAACAGGGAAUUUUGUAUUUUUACAAAUGAACUGACGGUUUCUCUAUUUUUUACUACGAAAGGGCAUCCUUCCGCCAGUCAUUCGAGGUAGGUGCCUGGCAUAUCAACUGGCAUAUCGAAGAUUUAUAUCGUGAAAGAAAAAACAUUGUCGGCUUAGAAGAAGAGGGCCUAACAUGUACUGUACAUUACAAUAUAAUUAGUGAUUUCUUUUUCUUUUUCUUUUUCUUUUUCUUUUCUUUUAUUAGAUGAAACCUGUGCAAUAGCUCUCACAUUGGAAUGAACGGAGAUGUGGAAAUGCAAGAAUGCAUCAUCGAAAAUCGUCGGAACAUGCACUAAAGGGAAGUCACACGCACAACAUUCAUUAAGAAAGCAAAAUCACAAGGGGACAAGUCCUGGUACAUGCAUGUGUACUGUACAAAGAAUAGUAUGAUUAAAUUUAGACAAAAA